AUGCGCUCUUCACUCGAUGCCCUCGAUUCCGUUACAAUCCCCUUGACACGAUGCGCAGUAGAUGCUGAGCUGACGGGUCGUCCGAAACGCGGGAUAAUGAUGCAGCUCUUUCGAAGCCUACUACGGACGUCAUCGGGCAGCUACCCGUACCCGCGGUCGCAUACCACCGUUAUGGUCCUUCCAUCACUGCGUCCGAUCGAACCUGAGCAGCCGGAGACGACUGAUCGAUUGCGCCCCGUCCGUCGACCUCCACUCAACCGGGCCAUCCCCACAAUUCCGGAGAGCAAGAGCAAUGAGAGCAUCAUGACACAUAACAGUGAACGGCACGACUCGAUCGUGGCCCCACCCGAAGACCAAUGCGUGAUAAUCGAGAAUCGGAUGGUCGAGACGAUCUCCAGGAUACCGGCGCCAAAAGUUUGUUUUUAUUUCCUUCAUUUUCGUCGAAACCAGGGG